AUGGCAUACGAUUCAUAUCGAGGCUCGGCAAGCUAUGAUUCAUACAAGAAUGAUGAUUACCACAAUAAUGGCUCCUACCGAGCCAAUCGUGGAGGCCGCGGACGAGGAAUGCUGCUGCUGCUGCUGUAUCGGGGAAGAGGAGGAGGUGGUGGUAGUGGUAGCCAUUACAGAGGCAGCUCAUAUAACCACAGUGAGUAUAGAGGCACAUCGCUGAGAAGGGGAGGAAGUGGUGGCUACUACAACAGACAUGGAAGCUACGAUAGGUAUGAAGGACGCAGUCGGAGUGGUUCAUAUCGUGACGAUCGUGACGAUCGUGACCGUGAACAUAACCGACAACAUGACCGUGAACAUGAUCGUGGACAUGACCGUGAACAUGACCGUGGACAUGAUCGUGGACAUGAUCGUGAACAAGAACAUGGCUAUGAUCGCGACCGUAAACACGUGCGUGAAAGAUCAGAAGACAGAGUGAGACAUGAUAAACCAAGAGGUGUAGGUUCAGGUUCAGGUUCGGUCUUGGGUUCUGGUUCCGGUUCUGGUUCAGAGGGUACUGCUUUUGGUAAGAAUGAGCAUACUCGUGACUUGCUGCCACUACGACUGGUGCACCACUCUUCUCGACGCAGUUCGCAUCAUUAUGAAAGUGGCUCUUUAUCGCAUGGUGGCAAUUAUAGAGACAGAGGAAGCAGUCACCGGGGUGGAUUUAGACCACGUAAUGUCUCACACCAUCUGGGUGAGUUUUACAAAUCAGGCGGCGUAGUGGACAAGAGCUCUAAACAUUACAAAGAAUUUCUACACGAACCCAAAUUGAAGGAAUUCUCUAAUCCCUGGAUCAACAUAAUGGGUAUUACCGAUGAGCCAACGCAGAAGUUAUUGGAGGAAAGGUAUGCUGAGAUGACCAAGUUUGAUGACAAGAUUUUGGAGUUGCAAAAAAACAAGUUGAAAUUGGAGCUCAGCAUGUCAAGCUUGGAGAAACUGGCUGCGAGAGAAGAGUUACAUGUACAGUUGACUUCGGAGAAACUUGAAGAGUUUAUAUACUUGUAA